ACAACCAUGUACGUGACUACGUGUACUAUAUCAUUCGAAUCAUCCCCAUCAAUUUAUAAAUUCUCUACUGAAAAUCACUCCAUCCUCUACUCAAAAAUUAAAAAUCCAGUACACCCAUCCAGACCUUUCUGCUAGAUUGUUGUCAUUCUCUGAUCCGAUCCGAAAAAUAAAGAAAAGAAAAAUGGCUGAUUCUCUCACCGAUCUUCCAGAAGGAGUUCUUGAGGAAAUCGUUCGCCGAUUACCACUUUUGGACUCCGGUAAUUUAGCGCAUCUUCAUCCAAAACUAGGUCGAAUUUACCGUCAAAUGAUUAUCUCAGAGCUAGAAGAGGGCGGCAUUACUUGGUCUGAUUUUGUGGUUCUCAUUGACGGCGUUUUAACGACUCAUGUUGGGGUUCUUGAUAGGUUAUCCAUUAGGUUAUCACAAAACUACUCCAAACAAGGUAAUCAGGGUGACAUCAUUGCUGCCGCCACCAGAUGGUUGGCUCAUGGUCGUCGUCUUCAUGUCUCCAUUCUUGAGUUAGAGGGUAUCUCAAGAGGCGGCGGCGGUGUAAUAAAUCGCGUAAUUACUACUAUUAAUCUCCAACAUUUUCAUAAUUGGGAAGAAUUAUCUCAACUUCAUCUUUCCUCUAUACAUUUCCCUGUUCUUGAUGGUGUUGGGACGACGACGACUCUAGUCAGUUUACCUAAUCUGUAUUACCUCGAUUUGCAACACAUUGCAAUGGCUGACGGUAAUGAUCUGGGGAACUUCUUGAAUGGUUGUCCUAAUCUUCGACGCUUUACCCUUCAUAUCGGUUUGGGAAAUGGUUCAUUGUCUCUCAAUUUGCCGCUUCUUGAGUUGCUUGAAAUCUCGCAUGUCAGAUGGAUUGUCACCUUUACCCAUUUACCUUCGCUCACCGAUUUUCACCUUCAUUCUCGCGACCUCAUUCGGUUUCGGGUUUUCGGACAACCCAUGUCCCAGGUCCCUAUUCCUUGGGCUCGACGACUCAUAGUGUCCACCGUUCAGAGUCUUUGUAUUACUGUGUUGGACGAUUUACGUGCAGUCAUUACAUUUAUACAGUGUUUUCCGUCGCUUCGUCAUCUCCACCUCAUUUGGCAUGCCCCAACAACCAUUGAUCGUGGAUUCGAUCAUGUGUACGAGCUUUUGUCACUUGACACGGUUACUAUAGGAGGGAUGAGCCCUUGGUUGGAUGAGCCUCCGGUACGGGUAUUUGUGGAGUAUGUAUUACGACAUAGUCCGAAUCUGAGCAGACUGUCACUUGUUGUUCCUCGGCAUCCACAUGUUCGUGUUCUAGGAGAUGACUACCUUUCCGAGAUCUGUCAGAUGAUCAGAGAACUUCCCCGAGCAUCUCAACAAGCACAACUUGAGUGUUCAUGGAGACACAACUGAGGUUGGGACGUACACUUAGCCCUCUAAUCUUAAUUUUGGCCUGUUUUUUAGACUUCAAUUCAUUCCACUAUUAAUUGUUAUUUGAGUAUAUUAAUUUUGCCGGUUUGAGGAUGUUGGAUUGAUAUCGACAUGUGCGCAUAUGUAAGAUUGAGGAGGUUGAAAAUUGUUAAGGAUAUAUUUGUUAUGUAUUAUUAUUUAAGUCAAAUUAAUAAGCAUAGUACGUAGUAGAGUUUGUCUUGGACAAUAUAUUACGGAGAAUAUUUCCGUAAGAAUAUUAUAAGUCCUAUGCCUAAUGGUAUUGGGUUUGUCUUACGUUAAUCUUUCUAGUAUAAAUAGGGGCAUUGCCUAAUCAAUACAACUCAAGCUUUUCAUCCUAUACUAGAAUAUUUUACAGAAAUGUAUAUUGUUGAGUGUUGACAAAGAUAUUGAUUGAUAUCUCUAGGAUAAUUAAGUUGGAGGUUAAUUGGCAAGUAUGGCAACGAGUGUACAGUACGUGUUUAGAAUUCCAAGGAAAUUCUGUAGAGCGAACUAAGGUCAUAGAUAUCCAUGAAGAACUUGAAGCAAGAUGGAGUAUAUGGUAUUCAUUUAUCUUAAUUUUUUCAAGUAUUUAAUUGAGCUUUUCAUUAUGAUUAAAAGGGGGUAGGAGUUGGUAUGAAGCGCUAAAAAGGAUGUAAGCCUUGGUAGUAGAGCUAAAGCCAUAUUUAGUUAAGCUAAACGCAAAACAAAUCCUAUGUGAAACUGGCAAUUAAGUUGAAUUUGUGGGUUACUGGUUGAAAUGCUAGAUUGCUAGACCCCAUUGAUGUAAUAUUAAUUGUCUAUGUUAUCGCCAUUUGGAUUCAAGAAUAUGAUACUAGUGUAUCCUUGUUCGUUAUCAAACUAACAUAGGUUUUGUUGCAUAGAUAAUGGUUUUUUUUUUUUGCAGAAUUAACCAUUUCGAUCUUCUAAUUGAGAAAUAAAUCAUGUUCAUGUGUCAU